AUGGAGUUAACUCUAAUCGAACAUUGGAAAGGUGUUUUCGAGGGAACAACAGUCACAAAUCCGCGACGAGAUGCGAUAAGCGUGAGGGAGAAUCGAGUUUCGAGAGCACGAAAUGAGCACUUGCUAAAGUACGAGUACGAGUAUGAGUACGAGUACGAGUAUGAGUACGAGUACGAGUAUGAGUACGAGUAUGAGUACGAGUACGAGUAUGAGUACGAGUACGAGUAUGAGUACGAGUACGAGUAUGAGUACGAGUACGAGUAUGAGUACGAGUACGAGUAUGAGUACGAGCACGAGUAUGAGUACGAGUACGAGUAUGAGUACGAGUACGAGUAUGAGUACGAGUACGAGUAUGAGAACGAGUACGAGUAUGAGAACGAGUACGAGUAUGAGAACGAGUACGAGUAUGAGAACGAGUACGAGUAUGAGAACGAGUACGAGUAUGAGAACGAGUACGAGUAUGAGUACGAGUACGAGUAUGAGAACGAGUACGAGUAUGAGUACGAGUACGAG